AGCUGUUUUGGCCUGAGCCUUGCUCCUUCCUUCUGGGACGAGUUCUUGAAGCCCUCGACUCUUACUCGAUUGCACCCACACCUCAGCCUCGCCAUGCCCACCUCCCACGCCUCCGCUGGACGCUGGACGAAGAGCGACAGCCUGGACGACGACGCGCUCCGUGACCUGGAAUACGAUACCCAGGGCUACGGCAUCCUGGGACGGGAUCCCCCGGGCGCACCGACCCCGGACGCGCGCUGGCCGCUCCCACCGGGAGCUGGCGGCCCGUGGCCGCCCCGGAGCUCGCCGGCGGGGGCCUGCCAGCGCGGGGGCGCGCUCGCGGCGGCCCUGGACCGAUGGCCCGCGCCCGGCGGGCGCCCCGAGGAGCGCGGCGGCCCGAGAGCGCCCGGCGGCCCGUCGCGCCCGCGCGCGUCGGGCGACCUGGGGCCCGCGCCGCCAGCAGGGACGGUCCCGGCGGCCCGGCCGAGCGGCGGCGGCGUCGCAGCGGCCGCCGCGCGGGACACGCACGCGGCGAGGACGCCCCAGGGGCCCACGGCCCUGUGGUGCGCCACGAGCACGCAGGGCUGGGCCGCGGCGGCGCGGGAGGCCUGCCUCCGGCUCCCGCCGCACGGGCCCUCCGCGGCCGGCGGCGGGCCGCACGCCGACUUCCCGACCGUGGGGAAGCUCACGCGCUGGCUGGCGGCCAGGGCGCUGGCGGGCGGGGUGGCUCCGCCGGCCGUGGUGCUCCUGGGGUGGCGGGAGGCCAAGCCGUGCCUCCGCUGCAUGGAUGCCGUCGCCGCGGAGUGCGCGGGGCGCGCCGGCGACAAGCGGCAGGCGGGCGCGCGGCAGGCGCCCGCCGGUGGCGCGUCCGUGGCCGUCGUCCUGGCGGAGGGCGAGCAGCAGAGGGCGCGCGCGGCCAGCUUCGUGGCCAGCCGGGAGCGAGCCACGGGCAGCGACUGUCCCAUGGGGCCUCGGGCCCUCGUCGCCGGCAGCGCCGACGAGCUCUGGGACCUGCUGCAUGCGGUUGCGCCUGUCGCCCUGGCGAGGCCAGCCAUGGCUGGGGGUCCAGGCGCGCCCAGCAGCUGGACCAGGGAAGACGACCCAGCGGGGAAGUCGGCCGCCGUCAUCAUGCAAGUGCUGUCCUUGUGA